CAAUCUAUCCUGUUCACAGGUCGACCCCUGCCGUGCUCCCGCAAGUGACGUCAUCUAACUAGCAGCUGGAUCCUGGGAAUUGUGCAAGUGUUGCCUGGGUGUUCCUGUCUUCUUGGGGUGUUUCCCCCUUCUCUCGAUCAUCUCAUCUUUGUGUUCUUCAUUGGUGGGUCUGGCCGGCUCUGAGUUGGCAUUAAACGGCUCCGAUUGUGGGCCCACCCACCCCACCUUCGCCCUGGUCCGUUCCGGCGGCCGCUCGAACGAGGCUGUGAGUGCUCGAGCCUGGCUCACGAGCUCAAGACAGACGGCCCGGAGUCCGAGGGUAGCCUCUUUUUAAGGCGGGCGAUUCGCAUUGAGGCGUGGCUCUGUCGGUCAAAUCUCGAUCAGUGGGACGUCCGGAGCUCGAACAGGGCCAUGGCUGUUACUGACGAAUGGAAAGGCCUUUUUCUGGAGGAUAUACCUCCCUGCUAAACGCGAUUAACGCUUCACGAUUGCGUCGGGCAGGCGCUGGCUGCCGUGGGCUGAUCCAAUGACCAAUGCGGAUUCUCGAUGACUUGCCUUACGUCCUUACGUCCUUCACGUCCCUCACGUCCCUCACUCACGUCACUCGCUGACUGGUGAUGAUUGAUUGUUGAUCAAAUCAGGGAAUCAGGCCAGCUAUCCCGUCUGUCCUUUGGUCUGUUAGUCCUUGAAGAGUUCAGAGUGUUCGUUUAUCGAUUCCUUCAUAUCGUCAUGGCCCCGGCCGGCGGGUCGGGCUCGGUGGGCGCCGCGCCUUCAGUCUCAGCCGAUCUUUCCCAUCCUCAGACCAGCGGGCAUCACGGUGGUGUAGGCGUGAUGCGACGGGGCGGAUUCUGCGCCCAAUGUGUGUCUUUGGCCAAGUGGAUCCCGGUGGUGUUCAUCACCGGGAUCGUGGGCUGGAGUUACUACGCGUAUGUGGUUCACUUGUGCAUCCUCACCGUGGACAGUCAUUAUGAACGGGCGCUUUUGCUCGUGCUCUAUCACGUGUUUUUUGUGUUGUUCGUGUGGUCGUAUUGGCAGACCGUGUUCACGCCCCCUGGACGGGUGCCGCGCAAAUUCGCUUUGACCGAGACUGAAAUGGACGAUAUCGAGAGCUCGGAUCAACAAAGGCGCACACUGGACCAGUUGUUGGUGGGCAAAGACUUGCCGUGCACCAUGCGGUCCAUACAGGGUGAGGUGCGGUUUUGCUCCGAAUGCUCGUUGAUUAAGCCGGAUCGGGCCCAUCAUUGUGGCGUUUGUGGACAAUGUGUUCUCAAGAUGGAUCAUCAUUGUCCGUGGGUGAAUAAUUGCGUGGCCUUCAUGAACUACAAGUUCUUCAUUCUCUUUCUGGGAUACGCCCUAACCUAUUGCAUUUACGUGGCCCUAUCAUCGCUCAAAUACUUUCUGGAAUUCUGGAGCACGACAGCGGCGGGACAAAUGAGUGGCAAGUUCCACGUGCUCUUCUUGUUUUUCGUCAGCGCCAUGUUCUCAAUCAGCUUGGCUUCGCUUUUUGGUUACCAUUGCUAUCUAGUCUCGAAAAAUAUGACCACCUUGGAGGCCUUCCGCACACCAGUAUUCAGAAAUGGGCCGGACAAGCUGGCCUUCCACUUAGGCAAGCUCAACAACUUCCAAGAAGUGUUUGGUGACAAUAAGUGGACUUGGUUUCUGCCCGUGUUCUCCAGCUUUGGCGACGGGAUCAUCUUCCCGCAACGUAAUCAGUCCGAUGAAGAGGCCGGCUUAUUAGUGGGCUCCCCACCUCAAACCGAAUAUCCCUCUGAAGAACAUAUGCCCAUGAUGAUGCAUAGCGGGCGGAGUCACGCCAUGUCGCCUGACACGGCGUGGAACGAUCGAUGGAACGAGUCUCGGGGCGUGCAUGUCAUGACUUCGUCGUCUACGGCAAGUAGUGGCGAAUUGGUGCCAGAUAAGACCUCGUCGCCCCAUCGAGGUUACGCCAAUGCCAACGGACGAGCUAACGGGUCAUCCCCAGGUCCAGUGACAACCCAGGAUCUUAUUUCGGUGAAUCAUGCGCACGAUUUUGUCAGUUUAGAUAUGUGAGCCGUGUACGGCUGAACGGGAAUCGUGCAAAACUGGCAGAUGUGAUGAAGCACUUCAUCGUCUAUUAGUACUCAAAUUGAAUUGAACCGUGAUUAAUUCCAUUAUUUUGUGUCUGAAAUUCCUAAGCCGUGUUCACCCUCAGUUCUAGUCCAUAAUGCACCUCCCUCAUUAUUGAUAUGAUUUCACCACGGCCUCGCUUUCUUCACGUCUUCACUCGUGCAGAUCAUGCACAACAUAAGUGAUGGCUUUAAAAUGUGUUUAUGAGCAUCCUAUGUCACGGCCAAGUCGAUUGUGAUCCUGUUUUCUUAUUGAAUGAUGACAUUAUCGUCUCCCUUGUACCCAAAGCAACCUAAUACAUCAAAACCCAUGA